AUGCAUGUACAUACAGUCCCAUCGGAAUGGAAUCUGACAUCGGAUGAAAUAAAAUUAAUUCAAAAACGUGCACAAUUACGUGUAGUCACCAAAGCUGAAUUUCUUAAACGCUAUAGAAAUCCAUUUUAUGCUAGUGUGCCUGGUCAUUUUGUGGACCCGCAAAAUGUGCGACUCUAUGCUUAUCAACAAAAUAGUUAUCGUUAUUUAUACUCAUCGCCGCGAAUACUUCUUACGCCUGCACUUUUUCUUCUAGCUGAUGGGUUACUUCAAUAUUUUGCACAGAAAAACCGGUUAAUAUAA